AAAAUGCUUCGUUUUAUCAAUCAUUCAUGCACUUCACGAUCAUUACUUAGCAACUUUAUCAUCAAUGCUGCUAUAGGAAGUCGGUAUUAUUCAUCAUCACCAUAUAAUUAUGGAAUAUGUAUAGAUAUUGAUGGCGUCCUCAUAAAAGGAACAACCGUUGUACCUGAAACCAAAAGCGCUCUUCAAUUUUUGGAUGGCAAAAAUAAAUUAAAGAAAAAGAUUCCUUUUGUCCUACUAACUAAUGGCGGUGGCGUAACUGAAUCUAGAAAAGCUGAAGAAUUGAGUGAGAUGCUAGGAUUUCCU